CCUUGUGUGACAUGAAGAACGGCGAUAAUUUGUUCCCCGCGUUUUUGCCGUCGACAGUCGCGUAAAGAAAAAGAAGAAAUCGAAUAAAAAGCAGUCUGCUAAGUUGUAGGCGUAGCAAAAAUUAUUAUGGCCCCACGACGACAAGUUCAACUUCAGAUAGGGCGCGUCAAGCCCAAGAUGAUACCUUUGAUAAAAAGGACGCGGGUUGUUGGGUUUGGGGUAGCAGCAUCUUCCUCGUCUGUGCCGUCGCUUCUGCUCCCGAGAAGACACAGUUCGAGUUACGUCGGUUUUUCCAGGUUGUGCAAGAAACCCUGUAAAAAUAUAUCCAGCACCGCAAGGGGCGGCAAGAACUUUUCCGUCUUGCCUCCCGCAGGACGACUUGGGAAAGCACCCCGAGGGGGCCGGCUUCCCUGCCACUUCUCUACCACGGCACCAAGAAGUUCAUUUUCUGUUGCGGCAGUGCAGCCGCAUGUGCGCAGCUCCUGCUACAGUGUUCAUCUCCAACGAGCAGUACCACUACAACUACCUCCGUUUUUUACCGUCGGUUCUUUCCGCCAAAAUUAUGUUCUUCGUACGGGCGGAGCCGGAGGUGGAAGCAGUGCCGUCGGGCUCCGGAGCCUGACUUCGACGACCGCACAGCUGCUCCUAGAUCACCAACAGCGACAACGAAGGCACUUCCGCGCCGAGGCCUCCGCCGCGGGGAAAAACGCCGCCUCCGUACGGGAGCGCACGCGACCCAGCGGCCAGAAAACCGACGUGCCCUCGGUGGUCGACGAUCUGGUGGAGGACUUUCGGCGCAAGUUUUCCCCUUUGGGGCAGAACACGAGCAAUGCGAAGCUGACCGACUUGUAUCCGAUUUUUGCGAAGGCGCGCACGCCGGACGACUAUCACGUGUGCCUCCACGCCCUGAACAUCGCCUACAACUUCGGAUUGCUCCGCAACCCCAUCGCAGACGUCGAGGACACUGAAGGAGCAUCCGCAGGCAGAAAACCUGCCGAUAAAGCCAGCAGGGAUAGAGGCGGGUCUCUUACCCUUUGCAAAAGUAGCGUCCCACCCGUACAGAUUCUUGCAGUUUGGCGCGACAGAUGUUCUUUCUAUACCUGCAUCUGCAUGGCAAAUGUGAGAUUCAAAUUUCACCUUUCCUUCUGAUGAAAUCUGAAUUGCAAAAAUUUAUUUUACCUAUUACGCAAGUUGUGCGGUAGUACUUCUGCAAUGUGCAUAUCUUUCUCCAGCUCCACUUCAAUUUCGACCUCAACCACGACCUCCGCGCCCAACACCGGGCGGCGGAGCGCCCACGCGUGCCACACGAAGGCCCUGGCCGCGUCGCGCACUCUGACUACGAGGCUGCUCGCGUUAGCCAUGAACUGCCAGAAAAUGAACGAAGCGGUGGACCUGGUGGCCAAGUAUCGUGCGUUCCUACCGCAGCCCCCGCACGCGCAGUUGGUCUACGUGCUGCUGGGCUGCCUCCUGUACCGCAAGCAGUACCAGAAAGUCGCCCACGUCGUCCAAGCCGUCCGCGAGGACUGGCUCCAGCAGCCGCGACCCAAUUUUUACGUGCUCUGCAUCGAAGCGCUGCUGCACCUGGACCCGAGCGGUAGAUCGGCCGUUCCAAUCGUCCGCGACGCAGCGCGGUUCGACAUCGAUUUGCCGCUCAAGAUUCGACUGUUGGUGGCCGAAGCAAUGCUGGCGGACCGGAGCGAGGGCUUCGUUUUAUCACCUCAUCUGUUGCUUUGUCAACAGAAUGAUGGUCAAAAAGAACCUCGUCCACAAGAAGGCUCUGAUUCUGCAAGUACAACCACGGUAGAACAAGUUCUUGCCGCGGAGGAAGAAAAUAAUACGAGUACAGAAAAUAAAGCUCCUGUGGCAACAAAAAUAAAUCCAGAUGCUCGUCCCAGUACGGCCGCCACGUCCACUGAGCAGCAAGAGCAGCGUGAUGAUCUUCAGCACACGAACAAGAGUCCCAGUUGCGAGAAAAGCAUGGAUAAUCACUCAUCAGUGAUUUUUGAGGCUGCGUUUCGCGGGCUGCUUCCAGAGCGCGAGUACGUGACUAGCGACGGAAUCCGCAGAGCCAUGUGCCUGUCCUGGCUGCGCCUCCUGCGGAACGACGACCCGGACUGGCAUCUUCCCUUCCGACAGAGCUGGCGAAAGUAUGCGAGUGCACAAUUGUUGCCCGUUGUUCCUGUCAAGAUUCAUCUGGCAUGAUCUGGUAACCAAAGCGUGCGCACGACGAAUCUUUUACACAUAUUGCUGUCUGGGGCCGACGUCUCGAUACGAGAACGUGUCAUGCAUGAUGUUGAUAAAAUUCAAACUCAAAGGCAAUUAUAGAGAGUGAAAUUUGCGUUUUGCAUGAGAAAUGACAACGACGCGGAAUCCUUGUGCACUCGCAUAGCAACCGUCGCCUUCGCAACUGGGCCGUACAGACGCGUAUCAACUGGAAAUACGUCUCGGUCAGUACCACUUUUGGGAAGACUGCAGAACUUUGUCAUGCACCUUACAUCCAGACAGUUUCUGUUUCUGAUGUAAGCGAAAACAUCCGCACCUUCACAUGUUGGGCUUAGGCUUCUCAGUGUGCUGGCCCAUCUUCCAUGGCAUGUUCCACGACCAUUCCGUGCACUGAUGCAAAUAAAUUUGCAAUUUUGGCAUUUUUACUACGUGUGCAAAAGAACUAUUUACACAUAGAGAUUCUAUCUUGCGUCACGCAGAUUCAUGUGCAGAGUCAGAAGGUUGCAGUUUCGAUCCAGCUGACCCAGUAGACGUACUAUUUGCAUCGCAUAAUGCGGCUGCCGGCCGCCUUUUUCCGUGUUGUGCCGGCUGAAUUUCGGCGAGAGUGCGUAGCGCGUCUGGGCAUGCACGUUUGUCCGGAGGUGGAAGAAACGGAUCCCGUGUGAAAAGAACGAAACAUAUUUAUCAUUUUCCAGUCAUCACAUUCAAGAGGUGCCCGUGACGCAUAAUUCACUUUCGGCUCUACUUCGCGACCUGCUUUACACUAGGAUCAGAGGGGGCACUGGUGGCGCGCACCACAGAACUGUUGCCGCACCCAAAAAUCGCGUUCCUGCUUUGUUUUUCGACGCUGCCACCAUGUGUUGGCAGAAAAGAGAUGAAGAUCAAGAAACUACUCUCAC